AUGGCUAAACGCACCAAGAAGGUCAGAAUUGUUGGUAAAUAUGGAACACGUUAUGGUGCAUCCCUUAGAAAAAUGGUGAAGAAAAUUGAAAUUAGCCAGCAUGCCAAGUAUACCUGCUCCUUCUGUGGCAAGACCAAAAUGAAGAGACGGGCUGUGGGUAUCUGGCAUCGUGGAUCCUGUAUGAAAACUGUAGCUGGUAGUGCAUGGACCUACAAUACCACCUCUGCAGUCACAGUCAAAUCCGCCAUCAGAAGACUGAAGAAAUUGAAAGACCAGUAAAAUCUUCUUAUCAAAUACC